AUGCUGUUGGAUAGCCAAAAUACAGACACGGGUAGCUACGCAGACGGUGACGGACAGCCAGACGCGGAUCCUGCAUCACAUUUUGGGGGAACGGAGACCAUGGCACACUAUAAAUGUAAACGGCUUCGAAGUAACUGGGCAGAUGCUAAUAUGAAAUUAGCUUUAGCUGCAGUCAGAAGUGUGUGGGAUAAAGCUGCGACACCUGCUAAUGUCAAAGCUGGAUUUGAAGCGACCGGAAUUUUCCCAUUCAAUCCAGAUAGGAUUCCAGAAGAAGUAUACGCUCCCAGCAUACCUACUCAUAAUUUCGCAGAACCUGGAGCUUCUCCUUCUGAAAAUCAAGAAAAUGGAGAUACUAACGACAGCGACGCUACAAAUCUGUUAAUUCCUCCUCAGGAAAAUGAAGAUACUAAUGAAAGCCACGUUACUGAUGCCAGUGGAAAUUCUCCUUAUCCUCUCCCAAAUGAAGACAAGGGUAAUUCAAAUCCAUCAAAUGAUUCCUCAGAUUCACAGCCAAGCCAAGCAAAGCGUUGUGCUGCAACUCCAGACAACGCCUCUGAUGAUCAUCCACAGCACCCAAAUCAAGAAGAUAUAUCGAACUUUAUAGAACCCCUGCCAAGUGUUUAUGACGAUUACGACAGUAGCGAUCACAUUCCUUUGUCCAAACUAAAGCAACAUAACAAUAAUAUCGAGUCAAAAACUGAAUUAAAUGUAGUCUGCUCCACAACACUUAAUGAGUCAUAUACAUCUUUGUGUCAAAUGUUAAAAACUCCAGAGAAAACGUCAAGCCCAAAAACUGCUCCGAGGGCAAAAGCUAUCAAUAGUCUCGCACAGGCGCUAACAAAAUCAAUGUUUACAGAUAAAAAUAACAUGUCAGGGCCAUCAAAUGCUCCUAAACAAAAAAUAGAAGAUAUACCAGGCCCAUUUAAAGUGGCUUACCAAAAAAGAAAAUAUUCUGCUAAAAGGAACAACAGUGAAGCAGUAACUCCGAAGAAGGUUUCUAAACAGUCACGUGGUAAAGGACAAUCUGAAAAAUCUAAAGAUUCAUGGUACUGUUAUGUUUGCAAUGAGGACAGAAUAGCAGACAUGAGAAUAUGCUUUUUAUGUGAAACAUAUGUCCAUGAGGACUGUGUUGGAUUAACAAAAGAAGAUACAGAUAAAUUUGUAUGCACUCGGUGCAGUCUGGACUAA